AUGUACAAUAAUCCAAACUUAACUGAAGCUAUACAUAGUAGACAAAGAAGCACCAGGUUAAUUGAUUGUUCUUUUAAAUUGUAUGCAGCUCAACAUAAUGGUUUAUGGCAUCUGGAAGUUCACAAUUUAGAGCAUAAUCAUAAACCUUCAAGCAAUAUGUCAGGACAUCCAAUUGUCAGAAGACUUACAGAUCAGCAGUUAGAAAGUGUUGCUGUGAUUACUACUGCUAGUUCAUGUUCCUGGAAAAUUAUUUUAACCCUUCGCCAAAAUGAUAAAUCUAUGCUAGUUAUUAAUAGUGAUAUCUACAAUGCACAUAAACAACUUUGGCAACAAAAUUUGACAGAAUAUACUUUACUUCAGUCUCUUGUAGAUGAGCUUUAG